AUGUUACUGAGCGGAGCUCCUCCGGCGGGCUCCGGCCCCGGGCCGCGGGCGCAAGGGAGCGCUGGAGGCGGCCCGGGGGGCUCCCGCCGGGGUGCGGGGAGUGCGGGAACCGGCCCAGGAGGGGGCGGCAGCGGCGGCGUAGCCAAGUGGCUCCGGGAGCAUCUAGGCUUCCGCGGGGGAGGCGGUGGCGGAGGGGGGGGCAAGCCGGCGCCCCCAGAGCCGGACUACCGCCCCCCCACACCCUGCCCGGCCGCGCCCCCUGCGCCGCCCCCGGACAUCCUGGCCGCCUACCGGUUGCAGCGGGAGCGCGACUUUGAAGACCCCUACUCUGGGGGGUCGUCCGGCUCCACCGCCCUAGCCACCCCCGCAGCUCCCGGCCCCACUCCGCCCCCGCGCCACGGCUCGCCCCCACACCGCCUUAUUCGGGUUGAGACCCCUGGGCCCCCAGCGCCCCCUCCGGAUGAGCGGCUCUCCGGACCCCCAGCCAGCAGCGACAGGCUGGCAAUCCUAGAAGACUAUGCGGAUCCAUUUGAUGUUCAGGAGACUGGUGAAGGCUCAGCAGGAGCUUCAGGAGCCCCAGAGAAGGUCACAGAGAACGAUGGCUACAUGGAGCCCUAUGAGGCCCAAAAGAUGAUGGCUGAGAUCCGAGGCUCCAAGGAGACGGCAGCUCAGCCCUUGCCCCUGUAUGACACACCCUAUGAACCAGAGGAAGAGGGAGCCACUCCAGAAGGUGAGGGGGCCCUCUGGCCCCGGGAGUCCCGCCUGCCUGAGGAUGAUGAGAGGCCCCCAGAGGAGUAUGACCAGCCCUGGGAGUGGAAGAAGGAGCGGAUUUCCAAAGCCUUUGCAGUUGACAUAAAGGUCAUCAAAGACCUACCUUGGCCUCCACCGGUGGGACAGCUGGACAGCAGCCCUUCCCUGCCUGACGGGGACAGGGACAUCUCCGGUCCAGCCUCACCUCUCCCCGAGCCCAGCCUGGAGGACAGCAGCGCCCAGUUUGAAGGACCGGAGAAGAGUUGCCUGUCACCUGGCCGGGAGGAGAAGGGGCGGCUACCCCCCCGACUUGCUGCAGGGAACCCCAAGUCAGCCAAGCCCCUAGGCGUGGAGCCCAGCAGUCCCCUGGGGGAGUGGACAGACCCAGCACUGCCGCUGGAAAACCAGGUCUGGUACCACGGGGCCAUCAGCAGAACAGACGCCGAGAACUUACUCCGGCUGUGCAAAGAGGCCAGCUACCUGGUGCGCAACAGCGAGACCAGCAAGAAUGACUUCUCCCUCUCCCUCAAGAGCAGCCAGGGCUUCAUGCACAUGAAGCUGUCCCGGACCAAGGAACACAAGUACGUGCUGGGCCAGAACAGCCCGCCCUUCAGCAGCGUUCCUGAAAUCGUGCACCACUAUGCCAGCCGCAAGCUGCCCAUUAAGGGGGCCGAACACAUGUCCCUGCUGUAUCCCGUGGCCAUUCGGACUCUGUAGUUGUGAGGCCAGGGCACCAUGACAGACCUGAACGGAGUGAGCCCUGUCACCUGGCUGAGGGUUGUGGUUCCUGCCAGGGAUGUGAUCUCGCAAACCUUUCUUCCGCUUGCCCUGGGACCUAGUAGAUGGUGGAGACUCCGUAAUUUAUUCUAAAGGGGAAGGGCUUCCGGGGCCUUGGAGUUAGGGAAUGUCUGGAGCUGGGGAUAGAGGAAACCCUGGAGAGAGAGGAUAACCCCAGGAGGCUGUAAAGCCGCUGGUCUCCUGGGGAGUUUAGGAUUGGCAGCUCCAGUUCCUUUCCGACCCUAGGGAAGAGGUGGUGCCGUCCUUCACCACCACUCGACCUACCGGGUCAAUGCUGGGCGAAGCGGGACGCCCCUACCAUCUCUCCUCCUCCAUUCCGCCUGUAAACCACUGGAGAGCUCCGCCCAGAGUCUGGUGCGGGGCUUGGGGAAGAUAGACCCCCCCCCCCCGUCUCCCUUGGGAUGGAGACGGCCCUGGGGGUGGGGAGAAAAGGGAUCAGGCUCAGGGAACUUGUGCGGUCCCCAGGCCGCCCCGGCUCCCGGCCAGAGGCAAUAAAUAAACCCGAUUUUG